AUGUACUGGUGCAGCAAUUCACGCGAUGUGGAUGUUGUUGACGCCGACGACGAGGACUUUUCCGUUUCGUGUUCUCAGGGCCAUCGAUCUUCGUUCAACCUCCAAACUCACGACGGCGCUUCCAUCUGCCUCGUCUGCUUUUCCAACCUCCUCUCCAAUCCUCUCUCCCCAACCGUCCAUGUCUCCUACGCUCUCUCCCAGCUCUCUCGAUCCCUCUCCCUUCCUCACUUCCUUCAACCGCUUCUCACCUUCCAUCCUCACUUUCUCCUUUCGCCUCUUGUCGCCGCCCUCUCCUCCUUCCACGACGAACAGAUCGCCGCUCAGCUCACGCAUCUCAUCCUCGCCCUCUCUGCGUCCUCCGAUCCUUCCGUUUGCCGCGAAUUCAUCUCUAGGGUUUCCGAUCGCAUCGCUUCCGGUGCUUUCGGUUGGUCUUCCCCUCAGCUGCACAUGCUUCACUGCCUUGGGGCUCUUCUGAAUUGCGAGAAGGAAGAUGAUCUCCAUGAAAACAUAAAAGACAUGUGUAGCCUCAUUUCUGUUCUUGUUUCGGGCCUUCAAUUACCGAGUUCUUUGCUCGCUCGGUGCAGUGAGGAGAUUCGAGGGGAGGUUCUCUUUGUCCUUUAUAAACUGUCUGUUCUCCGGAGUACCUCAGCUGAGGGAGAUGGAAGUGAUAUGCUGAUUCCCUUUUGUCCACAGAUCUUGUACCUGUUGGUGGAUGUUCUCAUGAAGACUCAAAAUGACGAUGUUCGCUUGAAUUGUAUUGCACUUUUGACUAUGCUGGCUCGAAGACAUCUGCUCGUGGAAGAAUGUGGAUAUGAUAAUUAUAACUUCUCUUCCAAUGGAGGAGUUAAUGCUAAAGAAACAGAAGAUGGAACCAAGGGUACAACUCUGGUAAAUAUGUUUGCUGAAGCCAUCAAAGGCCCAUUACUUUCGUCAGACAGUCAAGUUCAAAUCGGCACUCUAGAUUUACUCUUUCACUAUUUGUCUUCUGUCAGAACUUCAAACUAUCAGAUUCGAGUCUUGGUGGAAGAAAAUAUUGCAGAUUAUUUAUUUGAAAUAUUAAGAUUGUCAGAGUACAAGGACCCAGAAGUCAAGAUGUGCCUUCAGGGACUAGAUCUUUUAUCAACUGCUGAGGAAACCUUUAAACUAAGACUCGUUGUUGGAAUUUCAACUCUGAUUCCAGCAUUACAUUAUGUGGCGGAAAUUCCUUUUCACCCUGUCCAACGUGAGACACUGAAGCUCAUUUAUGAAUGCAUUUCUGAGUGGCCUGGAUCUGUGUCAACUUCUCAACUAGAGGAACUGAUUUUUGUUCUGAUAAGAAUGCUUCGAAAGCAUUCUGAUGGAGAAAUGGGUAUGAUUCCCGAGACCUAUAUACUGGUCUGCUCCGUCUUUGUGGCUCUUAUAAGAUCUCCAUCUUGUAAUGGAUCUUUAGAUCUGUCAAAAUCAAUCGAGGAAGCAACCAGACAUGCCAUUUUAGCUUGUCUCUCUGUCUCUGAAAGGAAUAUCAACCAGAUUUUGCAAUGCUUGUACCUACUCAAAGAGGCAUAUGCAUACAGUCAUGAUGGAAACCCCAGUAACUCUAGUAAACUGGAGCUUAAAAGCAGCAUUCUAGAUAUAUGCAGAACCCAUUUACUGCCAUGGCUUGUAGUGGGCAUCAAUGAAAUGGAAGAGGACAUUGCCCUGGGAUUGCUGGAAACUUUUCAUUCGAUACUGCUUCUGCCCUCUAGUAUUAAUGCCACGGAAUAUGCAGGGACUUUGAUUUCAAUCGGUUGGUUUAGUUUUUCAUAUGAAUGCCUGGGUCUGUUUACAGGAGAUAGGAUGAAAAGUAGAAUAUACCUGUUGCUAAGUUCACUCAUGGAUUCUCUCCUAGGGAAUGAUUCUGGACAACCAAUUAGAGAGGCUGCUUUACACCUGCCUCGCGAUCCUAUCGAUUUACUUUUUUUGCUUGGGCAAAGGAGUACUAACAGUUUGGAUUUUCCUUCUUGUCAAUCUGCUGUUUUGCUUAUUUUGUACACCAGUUCGCUAUACGGUGAAAGACUUGCAGAUGAGAAGUUAAUUUUAGCUUCUCUUGAACAAUAUAUUCUUCUCAAUAGGGGCGAUUUUCAUAAUUGGACCACCGAUAAUAUGACCAUCACACGACUGGUGAAUCUUUACAGUUUAUUAAGGGGUCUUGUCAAUAUGAGCUACCAAGUUCACUACAGUCCAGAAGCCGAGGAGAUAAUAUUCCAACUCAUAAACAAUGAUGAAUGGGACUUACUUUCAGCAAGAAUUCACACCAUAUCAUUGAAGUGGUUGUUUCAACAAGAUAGCAUAAUCAACUCAUUAUGCCAUCAGAUUUUGAAAUUUUGCAGAAACUAUAACUUGGGAGAGACUGACAUAAUUAUCGGAAACAAUAAUCAAACUAUAAAUGUACAGACACUAGCAGAGCUAGUAUCAACUGAAGAUAACUUCGGAGCUAGACUUUUCGUGUGCCUAUUAGGACAGCUCUUGGAGGAAGAAAGCCAGGAACAUGACAUAAUAUGUGUGCUGAAUGUCAUGGCAACUAUGUCGCAUCUCUGUCCUACUGUUUGUGAGCAAUUAUCUUUGCAUGGAAUAGGGAAAACAAUCAGGAGUUGGUUUUACUUGAGGAAUUCCUGGUCGACAACAACUUACAUGUCCAUCUUGGUUUUAGUUUUUAAUACUUUGAGUUCAGUGCAUCCUGAAACAGUAUCUGCUGAUCCAAGUUGGGUUGCGGUAACUAUGAAGAUGAUGGAGUAUUCAAUUCCAUCCGAAAAGGUUGAUAUCUUAAGUGACGAAAGUCUCUUUAUUAUUGGCAUUCUCUCCUUAAUUUUGCAUCUUUCCACCAACAAAACACUUGAAGAGACUUCGAAGGCCAUUCUUUUUAAUACUUCUAUGAUCUCAAUGGUCAACACUGUAGUCUGUACUGCCUCUUCGAAGGGACCUGCUUUGGUAGACCACGACGAGGGAACAAGGACCGGAGAAACUUUAGUAUUUGUGCUUUUGCUUCAUUACUUCGCCAUUAAAAGCUUGCAUUCUAUCAUGCCAGGCUUUGUAGAUUGGCAAAGUUUCCUUGUUUCAAUGAAACCAUCUGAGCCACUAGCCUUCAUUGGCAUCCGUUGCCAAGACUUGUGCAGACUUCUCCAUUUUGGUUCUCCUGUAAUCAAGAUUGCUGCUUCUUAUAACCUGUUAGAGUUAUUUAACAGAAUAUCAGAUCACAUAAAAAGUAGUCCUGAAGAGUUGAGAUGCACUAUUGGAUACUUAAUGUCUAUAAGGAGUAUAUUGGAAGGGCUGGUUUUCUAUAAUGAUCUGAGAGUGGCUACAAAUUGUUCCCUCUGCCUGUCAAUAAUUCUGGGUUGGGAAAAGUUGACAAACGAAACAAACCUCUUAGAAGAGAGUAGCUGGUGUAGAUUGAUUAUUGAGGAGAUGACAGUAUCUUUGGCAGCUCCUGCUUUAGCAUCACAAUUCAUGAACAAUCAAAGUCCUCAAGUACUUAUAGCUAUAGCUGUGCUGAAACUGAGUAAAAUCCCUCAGUGGAUGAGAUCUGUGUUUGAUAAUUCAAGUAUAUCCGGCAUACUGGGUAACCUUACUGCAAGUAACUUGACUUCGGAGAUUCUGGUUUUAUUUCGAGAACUACUGAAAUCUAACUUCCUAAGUACAGAGCAAAUUGCAACUAUAAAUCAAAUGCUCCAGGAAUGCAGAAAGCGUAUGUACACUAACAAUGGUGAAGAGGGUCUCCCAAAUGAGACGACAAAGAAGUUCCUUACCGCAUCGUAUGAUAUGGGAGACGUUUGUGAGUUUCUCAUUGAUUUAAUGACAUCAGACAGGUACUUAGAUACGGUUUCAGGGGGAUUUCAUACGAGGAGUAAGAAGCUCUUGGAAGAAAUAGAGAUGUUUUACAAUACCUUGUCUGCAGUUGAUCGUGGUUGCAGGUAG